GGGUGGUGCAGGGCAGGGGUGGUAUAUCCUGUCUGACGGAGGGCGGGCCUCGCCAGUGCAGGGACGAGCCGGGGUGGAGGCACCAGGAGCAGCCGCCGGGAGCCCUCACGCGCGGACCACUCACUCUAUGGCCACAGGGAGCCGCUGAGAGCGAGAAGAGCCCGAAGAGCCCGCUCCGCCGCCGCCGCCACACCGCACCUCGCCGCGCUCGCUCGCCCAGGCCCGGCCCGCGCCCCCCGCGCCACCAUGAACCACUCGCCGCUCAAGACCGCCCUGGCGUACGAAUGCUUCCAGGCGCAGGACAACUCCACGCUGGCUUUGCCGUCGGACCAAAAGAUGAAGACAGGCACUUCGGGCAGUCAGCGCGUGCAGGAGCAGGUGAUGAUGACCGUCAAGCGGCAUAAGUCCAAGUCUUCCCAGUCGUCCACUCUGAGCCACUCCAACCGAGGUUCCAUGUACGACGGCCUGGCCGACAAUCACAGCUACGGCACCACCAGCAGGAGCAACUACUACUCCAAGUUCCAGGCGGGGAACGGCUCGUGGGGGUACCCGAUCUACAACGGGACCCUCAAGCGGGAGCCGGACAACAGGCGCUUCAGCUCCUACAGCCAGAUGGAGAACUGGGCGUGCCGCUACCCCCGGGGCAGCUACACCACCACCGGGGCGGGCAGCGACAUCUGCUUCAUGCAGAAGAUCAAGGCGAGCCGCAGCGAGCCCGACCUCUACUGCGACCCGAGGGGCACCCUGCGCAAGGGCACGCUGCAGAAGGGCCACAAGAACGCCCAGAACCGCUACAGCUUCUACAGCACCUGCAGCGGGCAGAAGGCCGUCAAGAAGUGCCCGGUGCGCCCGCCCUCCUGCGCCUCCAAGCAGGACCCGGUGUACGUCCCGCCCAUCUCCUGCAACAAGGACCUGUCCUUCGGCCACUCCAGGGCCAGCUCCAAGAUCUGCAGUGAGGACAUUGAGUGCAGCGGGCUGACCAUCCCCAAGGCGGUGCAGUACCUGAGCUCCCAGGAUGAGAAGUACCAGGCCAUUGGGGCCUAUUACAUCCAGCACACCUGCUUCCAGGAUGAAUCUGCCAAGCAACAGGUCUACCAGCUGGGAGGCAUCUGCAAGCUGGUGGACCUCCUCCGCAGCCCCAACCAGAACGUCCAGCAGGCCGCGGCGGGGGCCCUGCGCAACCUGGUGUUCCGCAGCACCACCAACAAGCUGGAGACCCGGCGGCAGAACGGGAUCCGCGAGGCCGUCAACCUCCUGAGGAGAACCGGGAACACCGAGAUCCAGAAGCAACUGACCGGGCUGCUCUGGAACCUGUCUUCCACCGACGAGCUGAAGGAGGAGCUGAUCGCGGACGCGCUGCCCGUUCUGGCUGACCGCGUCAUCAUCCCCUACUCCGGCUGGCGCGACGGCAACAGCAACAUGUCCCGGGACGUGGUGGACCCUGAGGUCUUCUUCAAUGCCACGGGCUGCUUGAGGAACCUGAGCUCGGCGGACGCGGGCCGCCACGCCAUGCGCAACUACUCGGGGCUCAUCGACUCCCUCAUGGCCUACGUGCAGAACUGCGUGGCGGCCAGCCGCUGCGACGACAAGUCCGUGGAGAACUGCAUGUGCGUCCUGCACAACCUCUCCUACCGCCUGGACGCCGAGGUGCCCACCCGCUACCGCCAGCUGGAGUACAACGCCCGCAACGCCUACACCGAGAAGUCCUCCACCGGCUGCUUCAGCAACAAGAGCGACAAGAUGAUGAACAACAACUAUGACUGCCCGCUGCCCGAGGAGGAGGCCAACCCCAAGGGCAGCGGCUGGCUGUACCACUCAGAUGCCAUCCGCACCUACCUGAACCUCAUGGCCAAGAGCAAGAAGGAUGCCACCCUGGAGGCCUGCGCGGGCGCCCUGCAGAACCUGACGGCCAGCAAGGGGCUGAUGUCCAGCGGCAUGAGCCAGCUGAUCGGGCUGAAGGAGAAGGGCCUGCCCCACAUCGCCCGCCUCCUGCAGUCCGGCAACUCGGACGUGGUGCGGUCCGGAGCCUCCCUGCUGAGCAACAUGUCCCGCCACCCGGUGCUGCACAGAGUGAUGGGGAACCAGGUGUUCCCAGAGGUGACCAGGCUCCUCACCAGCCACACGGGCAACACCAACAAGUCCGAAGACAUCCUGUCCUCGGCCUGCUACACCGUGCGGAACCUGAUGGCCUCGCAGCCGCAGAUGGCCAAGCAGUUCCUCACCAGCAGCAUGCUCAACAACGUCAUCAACCUGAGCCGCGGCAGUGCCUCGCCCAAGGCCGCGGAGGCCGCCCGCCUUCUCCUGUCUGACAUGUGGGCCAGCAAGGAGCUGCAGGGCGUCCUCAGACAGCAAGGUUUCGAUAGGAACAUGCUGGGGACCUUAGCCGGGGCCAACAGCCUCAGGAACUUCACCUCCCGAUUCUAGGAAGAGGCUGUCCAAGCAAGUUCACCUUGCAGAAACAUCUGACCCAGUUGAGAAGACCUCGGGCCUUGCUGGACGGGUCACUCUGUCCAUCCUGUGCAGUAUUUGGAAAAGUUCAAAUGCGACUGAGAGGAGACCUGAAAACUGAGGAUGAUGGAAAUAUCUUUCAUUUAUUUUUUUUUUCCUUGGGGGAACUGGCAGGCAGUGGGGAUUGAGGGGGUUGGGGGACUUUCUUGAGUUAAAGGGGCUUAUGUCUGAUGUCAAUACUUCUUUCCCUGAGAAAUGGUAUAUAUAUAUAUGUGUAUAAUGGAA